AUGACACAUUUACAAACUCGUAAGGAAGGUGAUGAAGGUAUUUCGAAUGUUGAAUUUUGCACGAGAUCGGAUGAAACUCGUCGUAAUCGUCGACUACAAUCAUUUGUUGAUUGUUAUGGUGUUGAAAAGCCGAGUUUAUCCACAUUUGAACAAACGAAACGAUACACGAAGAAGAAAUGUUCUUCAGUUACCUUUGAAUGCUGUAUUAACAUACUUCUCAAACGAAUACCUCUUUUUCGUUGCUUAAAAACUUACAAUCUUCGAAAAGAUCUUUUCGGUGAUAUCAUCGCGGGAAUAACCGUCGCGAUUAUGCACAUACCACAGGGUAUGGCUUAUGGAACACUUACAACUUUACCACCUGUUUAUGGACUCUACGUUUCAUUUUUUCCGGUUAUUAUCUACAUGAUUUUUGGCACAUCACCACAUUUAUCUUUAGGAACAUUCGCAAUUAUAUCGUUGAUGACUGCACAAGCUAUUGACAGUGUUUCGUUCGAGCCAUCGAAUAUAGUUACUCAAAAUGGAACCAUUGCAAAUCUGACAGGUUCAUCAUCCGUUGAUAUCAAAUUACAUGCAGCCACUACUCUUGCUCUUCUUGUCGGUCUUAUUCAACUAUCGCUAUCCUUUCUUCGACUUGGAUUUCUAACUGUUUACUUAACUGAACCUUUUAUCAGUGGAUUCACUACCGGUGCCGCAACACAUGUUUUUACAAGUCAGAUUCCAUCAGCUUUUGGGAUUCGUUCUCCGCGUGGAAUCAAUGGAGCAUUUAAAUUGCCGCGAAUAUACGUAAAAUUAAUUCAAUCAAUCUUUUCGCAUAUCAAUUGGAUAUCCACAGCCAUUGCUGCUGUUUCUAUUGUUACUUUAUAUAUCGCGAAAUAUCUAAAUGAUCGAUAUAAAUCAAAAAUUCGAAUUGUUCUUCCGUUAGAAUUAGUUCUUAUUGUUAUAGGAACAACGGUAUCACAUUUUCUACAAUUACAUUCAAAAUAUGCGGUCGCAGUUGUUGGACAAAUUAAACGAGGUUUACCGGCGCCUUCACUUCCAUCAUUCGAUCAUACGGAUAAAUUACUCGUACCAGCUAUUACUAUAGCUGCUGUUAGCUUAUCAAUCUCGAUAUCAAUGGCCAAAAUGCUAAGUCGGAAACAUACGUAUAAAGUCAGUUCAAAUCAAGAAUUAUUAGCUUAUGGAAUGGCCAAUACAGUAUCGUCGUUCUUUCAAUGCUAUCCGAGUGCAGGCUCAUUGAGUCGUUCAGCUGUACAAGAAGGUAGUGGAGGAAGAACGUUACUUGUUGGCGGUUUUUCUUCACUCGUUUUGGGCUGUGUACUUGUUGCGUUAACUCCUCUAUUUCAAUCAUUACCCAUGGCUUGCCUUGCUGCGAUUAUUAUUGUGAAUUUAAAAGGUUUAUUCCUUCAAUUAAAAGACUUCAUGUUAUACUUUCGAAUUAGCAAACUUGAAUGUAUAUUAUGGACAAUCACUUUUGUAACCGUUGUUUUAUUCGAUGUGGAUAUUGGCCUGUAUGUUGGAUUAAGCACGUCAUUUUUUAUUAAUACUGUUCGCACUCAAAGACCUCGAUUUUUUGUCCUUGGUCAAGUGGAUAAUACCGGUAUUUAUAAAAGUACAACAAAUUUUCCAUCUGUUCAGCAAUAUCCGGGUAUUAAGAUUCUUCGAUUUGAUGAAUCACUUUAUGCAUGUAACGCACCAUUCUUCAAACGAAAAUUCUACGAAUUGAUUGGUAUGGAAACAACCGAAGAACCGAUUGUAUCUUGUCGUAGACCAGAAACAUUCGACACGAAGACUGAUGUUCUAUUAAAAUAUAUCAUUCUCGAAUGUUCACCAUUCAAUUACAUUGAUACUGUCGGUGCGAAAUUACUCAUUCAAAUUUUUAAUGAUUUGAAAAAACGGGGUAUUCAAUUAUAUUUAACAGAAUGUCGAUAUGAAGUCCGCCAUACACUUGAUAUCAUGAAAUUCUAUGAAAAAACAGAAUUGCAUACGAUUUAUGUGACCACUCACGAUGCUGUAAUGACAGCAGUUGCAGCGUUAAAUCAAAUCCCAACGACAAAUAAUUGA